AUGGCAUCGAUUCAACCAACUGUCCAGGUCAUAGCGAUUGUCAGAAAAUAUCUCAUUCCAUUUGUCCGUACGGUUCAUCCAGACUUUUUUGGCUCAGUUCCACGCAAACAGGCCAUUAACCAAACCUCAUUACAAACCGUCAACUCGAUUGUUGGAAGGAUUGAAGACAACAAAGCCAACCAUGACAACAUGUUAACCAAACCGGUAGAAGUCGAGUUUUAUCUUUUGAAUCAAGAGAAAAGUGUCUGUCACUCGUUGGGUAUGCAUGUUCGUCCCAGUGGGCUACAGCAAGGUAUACAUACAUAUCAAGAACUCCAUUCUACCACCCAAACACCAUCUAUCGAGAAAAAGGACACAGUGACUACAUAUCAUGCUGGAUCAGACGAUCAGUACCUACUUGAACAGCAUCAGAAAAAGAUACAAUCGCAGUAUGUGCAUAUCACUCCAUUGAUGAUGCGAAGCGUUGCUGAUAAGGAUCAAAUGGAUCUGCAUCGAUUUCUAACAGCACGAUCAUUACUGUCGUUAUUUGGAGCAGCUGGACAAGGUCUUUGUGUCGAUGACAUUGCUAGGAUUGAGAAUGGAAUUAAACGAAUGAUUGGUAUGGGUGAUGAGAAUGCAUUUAGAACGUAUCCAAGAUCGAGCAACCGAAAGAAUCCAAAAGAACGAUUUGGCAAUCUGCUGAAACAGGACAUUGCAAGAACUGACCGAAUUGUGUGUGAUAUUCAAGAAUAG